AUGAAGCUGUUAAUUUUCUUGUGCGUGGCGUGUGCGGCUGUGAUGGCCGUAAUGAUUUCCCAAGCCGUGCGUCAGGAGUUUAUCCUUAAACGUCUGAAGAGUUCGACAGAAGAGAAAACUAUGCAAAUCUCAAGAUAUGAAAAUACAGUCUCCGAGAUGAAAAAGACUAUGCUGGGAGUCAGACCACAAAUGAUGUCAAUGAUCACAGAGACGCAGAACCUGAAGACGAAAAAGGAAACCCUCCAAAAAGAGAAAACUGCUUGGGAGGAAAAUAUCAACACGUGCAACAAGGAAAAGGGUGAAGCUGAAAAAACAAAGGGUGAAGUCACAGAGAACUUGAAUAAACUGACAGUGCAGCACAAUGAGGCCAAGGGGAGCGCUCAGAAGACCAUUGAGGAGCUGAAACAACAGAUCCUGGACCGAGAUAAAACCAUGUGUGCCUCAGUGGAUACGACUAUUGCAGAGGCCCGAAAGCUCUGUGGUUUGGGGGAUACAUUGCCAGGCAUUUUCUCUCCACGACCGAGGGACUUCAGUCUACCGAACUCAUCAUGGGGUCCAAAAAUGAUGGAACUCUACGAUCAUUACAACAGCAUGUGUGAUUUAGAAACAGAAGACAUUCAUAACCAAAAGGGGCCUUGGAUCAGACUGCCCAGCUAUAACCGCUCUCUCAAAUAUGCUACAGGUGGAGUGUACCUGAGUAAGAUGAUACAGUCGAAGGCCAGACUUUUCACCAGAAAUAUUUACCAAGCAGGGGCAGCUUUUGAAUAUGUUAUUUUUGUUAACAAGGAGGAGAAGAAAUGUGUUUGCUUAUUGCAAGCUGGACAUCUACUGGAGGGACCACCGGGUCAUGUUCAUGGAGGGGCAAUAGCCACUAUGAUUGACACAGUAACAGGGACACAUGCCACGUUUCUAGCUGGACUCGUGGUGACUGCAAACCUCAACAUCAACUAUCGAAGUGCAAUCCCAUUAGGAAGCACAGUGUUACUAGAGUCGACAUUUGACAAGAUGGAAGGCAGAAAAGUAUCUGUAAUCUGUAAAGUGACCAGUUCUGACGGCUCUAAACUGCACACAGAGGCAACAGCUCUCUUUGUGGCUAUCAACGUGAGCCACCUGAUGGGAAUGUAACCUUGUGCUCGAUCAUUAUAUCAGCUGUGUGUCUGCAUUUUACUUUAAUCUGCAUUAUCACUAAACUGUUACAGAAGUUUGUGACUAACUAGACACUUGUGGCUACCUCUGGAAAAUGUAAGCUUGAAUAGUUUUUAAGUUAAAUUUUAUUUAAAUAUUUAUUCCAUUCCCAUUUAUUUUAAAAGAAUCACUGGUAAAUUAAUAAUGUGUAAGAAAUAAAACAGUUCUCAUGAUGUA